UUUGGCAGCAGUUUAGAUGUCUUGACAUGGAACAGCCAUCUGGAAUUUUAGAAUUUUUUCAAGUUACAAUCCAACCAAAUAAUUUUCACGAUCCGGAACUAGGAAAACGACUGCCUGUUACAUCUACUUCCAGCAAACUGUGUGGGGUCCUCACGUCCGCCGCAAUCUCAUGAACACGGCAGAUGACCAACCCCACAAUUGUUGGGGUAACUCUGCAAAGUCUGCAACUACAUCCUGUCACCAUGGCAACAGGAGGAGUAGGAGUGGUUCAAGGAACCUCCUACACCAUAGGUGGGGUGAAGGUGGACUUUCCCUGCAAGGCGUACCCAACUCAGCUCUCAAUGAUGUCCAUGAUUAUCAAGGGGAUUGAACGGCAUCAGAAUUGUUUGCUAGAAAGUCCGACCGGCAGUGGCAAAAGCUUAGCCCUUCUGUGUUCCUGUUUGGCGUGGCAACAGAAUGAAUAUAAAAAACGUAACGAAGAGGAUCUUGAGGCAGCUUCGUGCGAACAAAAUGAUUGCCAAGCGAGUUUUGUCUGCACCUGCGAUUGCAGCAAGACUUCACCUCAACAGCCAGGAAAACCCUGCAUAGAAACUUCACCCCUAAAUGAGAAUGGGACUGCUCCGUCUGCAGCACACUCCCGGGGCAGCAGUGGAACCUGCCAACCCUCGCUGGCCCCCAGUGGAAGUGGCUGCAAUCAAGAGGAGAACUCCAGAAGUUUGAAGAUAGAAGUUGCAGAUGGAGACGACGCUGAUUUCCAGCCAAGUAAAAAGAGAUUCCGGACCUCUGGCACUACAGGGGGAACCUGUAAAAAAAGUAAAGGUGCCAAGGGUGUUGUGUUUGAUGACCCAUCUGAUGACGACUCCCCAGAGGCGAAGACCCACCCCCACACAAAGGCUCACUGGCAGAUGAAACUCAAUGGAGAAUCGGUCGGCCAAGUUUCUGCACAGUCACCUUGCUCAUGUCCCUGCCAUUCUUCCAAGGUAAAAGAUCCAGACGAAAAGCAGACAGAAGCCUACAAACGCAAGAAAAUUCCUAAGAUUUACUUUGGCACUCGGACCCACAAGCAGAUUGCUCAGAUUGUGAGAGAACUCGGCCGAACAGCCUACAAGGACGUUCCUAUGUGCAUACUAGGAAGCAGGGAGUAUACCUGUGUCCACCCAGAUGUGUCCAGGAGUUUCAAUAAAAACGACGGCUGUAAAGAAUUGCUGGAUGGACGAAAUGGUUUGUCCUGCAGGUACUACAAUGGAGCCCACAAAAUAAAGACCCAGUGGCAACUCAGGGAUCGUGGUCUAACCGAGGCGUGGGAUAUCGAGGAACUUGUCUCCCUUGGCAAGAAAAUCAAGGCCUGUCCUUAUUUUGCGGUGCGAUCCCUCAAAGACGAGGCAGACAUUGUCUUCUGUCCAUAUAACUACCUAGUUGAUCCCAUGAUUAGAAUGACGAUGGACAUCAACUUGAAGAAUCAGAUUGUCAUCCUGGACGAGGCUCAUAACAUUGAGGAUUCGGCUCGGGACGCAGCCAGCUGUAGCGUUACAGCUGACCAGAUGGAAGAAACUGUUGCUGAGCUAGAUAGCCACAUUAAACAUCAGUGGCGGGAAUUCCACUGUCGAGUCAUGCAUACUGUGAGUGCUGCAUUACUGGACUGGGUCAAAAGUCAUUCCACAAACCUGACACAGCGAGACUUUGAGAGAGCUUUGCAUGUAUGGUCGGGGGCACAGAUAGUCAACGAUGUUCUCACUGGUCUAGGCAUCACCAAGGAUACACUGGGGACAUUUCAGCAUCACCUUGCAGCUGUUGUGGAAGAAGCCGAACCCAUGAAGAAGGAACAAGAGAACGGCGUGACCCUCAGUUCCGGCGCCGCCAUGACAUUAAAGGGACUCUUCCUGAUGUUUGGAUUUCUGUUCAAGGAUGAGAUGAAGUACACAAAAGACUUCAAGGUGGCGAUUGUCAGGACCGUCGCCAAAACAAGCCGAUUCCAAAAGACGGAUAACCGCUGGAUUAGCAAACGAAGAUCUUCAGACCAGUCUUGGACAGUGACUUUGAAUUUCUGGUGCCUAAACCCAGCAGUUGCCUUCAGUGAUUUUGGGGAGGAAGUGCGUUCUAUCAUUCUGACAUCAGGCACCCUGUCACCGAUGUCCUCCUUCCAAUCUGAGCUUGGGGUAGCCUUCCCUAUCCAGCUUGAAGCUAACCAUGUUGUACAUACGUCACAAGUUUGGGUGGGAACGGUUGCCGUGGGAACCAAUGGAGGAUCACUGAAUGCCAGCUACAAGAAUGCAGAGACGUACAGCUUCCAGGAUGAGAUUGGUCUGUUGCUCCUUCAAGUUUGUCAAGUGAUUCCUUACGGUGUCUUGUGUUUCCUUCCCUCCUACGGAAUGUUGAACAAGCUGUCGCAGAGAUGGAAGAACACAGGUCUCUGGGACCAACUUGGACAGGUCAAGGUGGUGAUGUCAGAGGCAAGGGGGGCGGACAAGGUCAACUUUGACGAGCACCUGAGGGAGUUCUAUGAGGUCAUCAAGGAUUGUGAAAAAACCGAUAUUGAGAACCAGUCUGUGACAGGGGCUGUGUUUCUGGCCGUCUGCCGGGGUAAAGUCAGUGAAGGGAUGGACUUUGCUGACAACAAUGCCCGAGCUGUCAUGACUAUCGGCAUUCCAUUCCCAAGCAUCAAAGACACACAAGUGGAACUGAAGCGUCAGUAUAAUGACCAGUAUUCGACCUCUCGGGGCUUGCUGACCGGCAGCGAGUGGUACGAGAUUCAGGCCUACAGGGCCAUCAACCAGGCACUGGGCCGUUGCAUCAGACACAAGAGAGAUUGGGGUGCGUUAAUUCUGGUUGAUGAUCGGUUCGGUAGAAAUCCCAAGAAGUACAUCACAGGCCUGUCCAAGUGGGUAAGAGGCAAGGUUGUGCACCACACCCAUGCCAGAGGUGCCGUGGUGUCCCUCAAGGAGUUUGCGAAAGCCAGACAACUGAGUCCCUGUCCCCAGUUGCCAAGUUUGUCCCUCUGUGCAUCACCGUCUCCCAGCCAGUCCAUUAGUGCCGUGGUCACCCCCAUCAGCCAAGAGCCCCCUGCUGUUCCUCUGACCCCAGCCCCACCAACCCCAACCCCUGCUCAGCCCCUCGACCAUGGUGACAACGGGAUGAGCAAUGUGCUGAAAGUUAUGGCGCUCCAUGCUCAGCAGAGCCAGAAUCUUACUACACCUAAUUUGGCAACACCCAAUUUAGCCACGCCCAAUCUGGCCACACCCACCCCUAUGAAAUUCUUCAGCUCUGCAGCCACACCCAGCACACCGUUUGCCUUCGGUAGUGGGACCCUAGCCACAGAAAUGCCAAACCCAACCUUAACCUCCAUGUCAUCUAGUGCCUUUCUCCCGACACAGGGUGUUAACACCAGUCAGAAGUUGGUACCCAGCUCUCAGUACUUAACUGGUCCCAAUAACACAGUGAUAACCCUUCAACAUUCUCCUGCUGUUACUCCCACACCUCUUCAGGGUCAGUUGGUGGAAGAUGUGGAUAAAUCAGGCAAGAAGGUGAUCGAACAUCUGCUAAAUCAAAUGCCAGUCAGCAACCUCUUGCAGAAAGCCCCCCCUGUUACGAUAGUGGUAUCUUCUACGGCUAGUGCUGUAUUUACACCCUCGGUUGCCUCCACUUUGGCAACGAAGGGAGACAUUCCAACCAAAAGCAAUCAAGCUGAGAGGUUGGGCUCAAGGCGCUUCACGAUACCUCUCCCAGGUGAUGACUCGGUGAAGGAAAAUAUCAGGGACUUUGAGAACUGCAACAAAUCAAAUCAAGAAAACCUCAUAGCACCGAGUUUGCAAUCUGAAAAUGUUCCCUUGCAAAAUGAGGAGAGAUGUUUUUCCCCGGAAAGUGUAGUUCCGCAUGGGGUCACCGAUGUCAGGACUCCGAGAGGAAGGCUAGACUUUGGAGAAGGCGUCAGUGAUUUGCCUAGUGGUAGAGGGGUAGACAAUGAGGAGGUAGAUCCUUCUAAGGUUGUCAGCCCUACGGAAGAUCAGCCUUGUCACAUGGAACCAUCCUCAGCAGAUCCUGUCCAUCAAAUGGAAGCCUAUCGCGAAGAGUACGAUGCUACCCCCUUGCUCUUUGAUUCGGACGAUGAUUGUGUGGAAGAAAAGUCACCCUGCCCAAAGGUCACCAAUAGAGGGCCCCAAAAUGUGCACUCUGGGUCAGCAAAGGGAGAGCAUGAGACAGAUUUCAAAGAGAACAGUGAUGACUUCAGUGCCACUCAACCACUUAAACAAGACAUUCAGAUGGCGAACCAAAAAUCCUUGGAUGCAAAUUUGCCAACUCCAUAUUCCAAGGUUAUUGCCAAUUGUAGUCACAAUUCAUCAAAAAAGGAAGAUGUAAGUGUUAACACUCGGCAGAGGGACCUCAAGGGGGGUGGAACCAGGUCGCGGGGUCAGAUGUCACUGAGACGUUCAUCAAGGAGGAGAAAGAGGAGCCAAGAGGCUCAGUCACAAGUUGAUGAGGCUGGCCCUGGCGGGAGAGAUUUCCUGGAUGACAUAACCCCUGCUGGGCGGACUCAGACCCAGGAAGCCGGUGCAUCUCUUUGCAGGUGUGGCCUCUUCUGUGCAACCUGCAACUGCUGUUUCACGGAAAAUGUUGAUGAGGUGAGCCUUGUCUCAGAAGCUGAGACAGUCAAGGGCUAUUCCUACCUUGCUGGCCAGGCCAAGCUGACCGACUCCAGAAUGAGGAAGCUGGGCCGUGAGGGGGGAAGGUUCUGCCAGUGCCAGGAGGCAGUCAGAUCUGGGGAAGGGCAGAGAAACCUGAGUUGGGCUGACGCUGGGCUGUACCGGGUGUCGGCCAAUGGCUUGAGAAAUGUGUCCACUCAGAUGGAAAACUCAUUGGGCUCACUGAGAGAUUUUGCUCUAAAUGCUCAUUGGAGUGAAAAGGAUCAGUGUUGCUACCAGCCAAUUACGUGCACCGUAUGUCACACCAAGCGGAAUGUAACGCCAGCUGUGAUUGGCUGCAAGUUGGUUGCCGUAGGACAACGCCAUGACAACAGGUUUUCCCUAGGCCAAGUCUGGCUUUUUCCUAAGGACGUCACCCACUGUCAACGUUUCACCCCAAAAGAGUGAAAGUGACUCUGACAUCGGAACUGCAGAAGCAGUCCCCCGAAUUUCUUUCUUGGUCCAUCUUGUUUGCAACGUAGGACACUGCCUGAGCGUGGCUAGGCUCUUGAAAUUUCCAGGUUUGAUUCAAGGGAAAGCACCAAUGGAGAGUUUUAUUCUCCUAAUUCAUACGGAUGAAAUGGUAAGGUUCCUCAUAGUCAGAUAUUCAUUCGGUUGUCAAGUACUUGAUUAUUUUUGAAAUUGAAUAGUUGGAGAGGAAAAUUACUGAAAUACAGCAGGGAAAAUAUUCAGUUAUUGGAUUGAAAAAUUGCUCUCUAAAAGUGUAACGUAUGUGUCGACUUAAAGGCAGUCAAUAUAUAUGCCCAACAGUAAGGCCACAGAUUUAGUUUUCCGGUUUUUUUGUUUUUGUUUGUUUUUUUUUUUUUUUGAGGUUGCCGGGAACAAAGGGAGUAAAAUUCCCAAUCAGGACUGAACAUCAGUCAGUCUCCCAUCCUUCUUCAACGAGGAGAUGGACCCCGUCCUGGAACUCACUUAUUUAUCGAUAGACCACCCUAAAAGAUAUCCACAUUUUGUUUCUGCCUUUGUUGGAAUCGGGUGUGACUCAAUAAUUGAAUAUUCGAUUGAAUGGAAGGACGAAUAUUGGAAUAUUUUCUCAUUUGAAAUGACUCAGCCUUACUUCUUCUUUCAAGCCUUGAAGUCCUGAAGUUUCAUGUUUGAGCAGUGCUGUUAUUCCGGUCAGCAUCAUCAAGAGUAUUGUGAUGGUCAGGCAUGUUCCUCAAUGUCAUGAUCAAGGGGGGCAGUAUCUAUGCCGACUCGCUUGGCCCUGCUAAUUAGCUUAUCAGCGCUUUUUAAUUGAAUCGUGUUGAUUUAGCCUGGUAGCUGGGGAUACCUUAUAAUUUUGUUUCGUCAUAAUGGUGUGUUCCUGUCUUGUAAAACCUCCUAGGUAAUGUAGUAAAAAACAGGCCUUAAGUGCCGUGUUCUGCCCAGCUGUGAGAAUUAAGAUGUUUGCUCCUGGAUGUCACAGGUGGCCCGUGUGCAGUUUAUAUCGGACAUAUAUCUGAGAAGACUCUAAUAAGUGCAGGUCAAUCCUGUUCUCGACCAAUACGGUGACAGUCGAUGGAUUUAUUCAAACGAAGAAGAUUGUUAAUUACCCAAAAAAAAAGAAAAACACUCCAGGUUAUGAUGAAAUAAAAAGGACGAUAAGUCGCCUUGAAAUGAUAAACGGAA